AUGGAUUGUGUGUUUAGGUGGUUCGUGUUUAUGCAGAGGUAAACAUGCCAAGCAAGCACUGCAAGGCUACGGGGAUUGAAUCCUUCGACGGAUAAUUUACCCCAGAUUCUCCUCGAGGGUCCUAUGAAUGUUUUUGAAUCUCUCGGAGUAUGGGCGAAUGCAGACAGAUCAUGCGCCUCGCCUUGAGCGUUUCACAAUUAGAGCUAAUCAACUCUACUCACAUAUUAGUAGCGUCUUUCAGUGAAUUACCGAUUUUCUAGGAGCAUGGGUCUCUCAUUCACCAAAUUACCCCAACAUCUAGCUUGAGAAUUUGACACAGCACGUGUGGAAAGCAGAUUCUUCAGUGAAUACAGCAGUGGACUGAUUAAUGAAAACAUAUUACUUACUGCCCCGCCGUAGGUGGCUCGGCUCAUUGCUACUUAAGUUUCCAACAGUCUAGAUCAAGGAUCCAACUUAUAACCAACAAUAACCUGAAUACACCUUUUCGAAUUUGACAAUCUUUGCACUUUCAUACCUUCAGAACUAAUAUCAUCGAGGAGUCGUUCACUCAAUCAUAAUGUGGUACACUACCAAUGUCUACGUUAUCUGCGCCUUCGCCGCAAUAGGCGGUGGUCUUUUCGGCUUCGAUAUCUCGAGUAUGUCUGGCGUUCUUGGAACUCAAGCAUACGUCAGAUACUUCCAUAAUCCUCAAUCUUACGGUCAAGGUGGAAUUACAUGUGCAAUGCCCGCUGGAUCUCUCAUCGGUGCUUUAGCUUCCUCUUUCAUUGCCGAUAGAUGGUCUAGACGAGCUAGCAUUCAAAUUGCGUCUAUCUUUUGGAUCAUUGGCUCAAUUAUUCAGUGUGCUUCAAUCAAUGUAGCUAUGCUGGUUGUCGGUCGAGUCAUCGCUGGUAUCUGUGUUGGUAUUGCUUCCGCUAUCUGUCCUGUCUAUCAAUCAGAGAUUGCUCCAAAGGAAAUCAGAGGCCGAGUCGUCUCUCUCCAACAAUGGGCAAUUACAUGGGGUAUUCUUAUUCAGUACUUCAUCCAAUACGGUGCUUCGACAAUUGGAGGUGGUGCAGAAAAUCCAGACCAACCUAAUUCUGCUUUCCGAAUCCCCUGGGGUAUACAAAUCGUUCCGGCAGUUAUCUUGUUCUUCGGUAUGUUCUUCUUGCCACGAUCUCCUAGAUGGUUGGCCUCCAAGGAUAGAUGGGAGGAAGCCAUCAAGGUUAUUGCAGACCUUCAUGGCGGUGGUGAUGUGAACCACCCAAAGGUUCUCGCAGAAUAUCAAGAAAUUGAGGAGGCACUCCGAUUCGAACGUGAAGAAGCUGUCAGCUCUUACAAGCAACUUGUGGCCCCACGUAUGAUCAAGCGUGUUGUUUUAGGAAUGUCCAUUCAGAUGUGGUCUCAACUCUGUGGCAUGAAUAUCAUGAUGUACUACGUCGUUUAUAUCAUGCAAGGAGCAAACAUUGCAAACCCACUUAUUACCGCCUCGAUCCAAUACAUCCUCAAUGUGUUGUUGACCUUACCUGCUAUCAUCUAUCUUGAUCGUUUCGGACGUCGCCCAGCUAUGCUCAUCGGUUCCUUCCUCAUGAUGACCUUCCUUUUCAUUGCUGGUGGACUUCAAGCAGGCUACGGUGAACCCAACAACACAUCGAAGACUCAAACUGAACAGAAUAAAAACCUGACAUGGGUUGUUCACGAUAAGAAGGGUGUAUCAUCUGCCAUCGUUGCUAUGACAUAUCUAUUUGUUUGUGCAUUUGCAACAACCUGGGGACCUUCAUCAUGGACCUACCCAGCCGAAAUCUUCCCAAAUAAGAUUCGUGCAAAGGCUGUUUCUCUCGCAACCUCAGCAAAUUGGUUCUGGAACUGUGUUCUUGCUUUUGCUGUCCCGCCAUUGUUGAAGAACAUCAACUGGAAGAUGUACAUGAUCUUCGCCACGUUCAACGCACUUGCUUUCAUCCAUAUUUUCCUUACAGCUCCCGAGACUAAGGGCAAAACACUCGAGGAGAUGGAUGAAGUUUUUAACAGUGGUCUCCAUCCAUGGCAAAAACUUCCCGAGGGAUCCAGACUAGACAGAUUAGCGGCGGAUAUCGAAGCAGGUGCAGUCAAGGUCGCUGCCCCCGUCGGUGGCGUUGGUGGUGUCCCUGGCGAGAAGCGCACCCAUCAUAAUGAUGGCGUAGUUACUCCAGAGAGCGCUCGUCAUCGUGAUGGUAUCACCGAUGCACGACAAGAUCAACAUCAUGGUCUUCAUGAUGAGAAGGCAGCUGUUGGUCGUGAGCGUGGUACAGUGGUCUAAUCGUGUGGUUAUUCUUCGCGAUACAUAUAGUGAUGGAUGCAUCUCUUUGCUUCUCUCAAGCACUCAAUGAAGGGCCAUUGAUAAUUAAUAAUACAAUCUUCUAUAAGAAGAUGUUCUGUUCUUUGAGCAAGGUCUAACACCUUAGCCGAGAUUUAUGGGCUGUAGCAAGAUCUUAGGCG